GUGGAUGAGAGAGUGACAAUAUCGCCCUCCCGGUUCGUCUUGUUUGUGCAUUUAAUUUGCACGAAUUUCAAGCGGCACCAAAAUUCGCAUAUUCCGUCCGCCAAAACGCCAUCCAUUUUGCACUCCCCCAGCGAGCGAGAGCAAUAAUAGAAUUAUCAGCCGCCAGCGAAAAUUUUACAACAAAAAGUAGUACGAAUCGAAAACGAAAAGAGAAUGCCCUGGGAGGCCGCUAACCCGCGACCCUCUGACAUUUCCAUCAUCGCCCACUGAAGGAGCUCUGCGAGAAAAAAAAAUACAAAGCCAACAACAAAAUAAUAUAAAAUACAGAAUAACAAACCGACAACCCGACAAACAAACAAACAAACGACCAGCGAACGAGCGAAUCGACGACUCCAGCAGCCUCCUCAGCCGCUGGCACAGUUUUCCUCCUGCAACUCCAACUCUCUGUGGGGUGUUAGAGGUCAUGUCCGCCACCCUCUUCGAGAUGGCCACACCAGCAGAUACGCAACCGGAGGAGGCACUGGCCUGUCUGGAGGUGGAGCAGCAGCUGAUUGCGGGCAUCGCCAGUCUGGAGUUGAGCGAGUCGGGAGUGACUGCCGGCAACUGCGAUGGCAGUGACAGUGGCUUGGACGUGGCCAGCAGCUGCUGCCUCUCCCGGGUGACCUUGCAACGCGGACUUAGCAGCACUAGCGGGGGCUACACCAGCAGCAACGGCCUGGAGGAGAUCUACGAUAGCUGCGAACUGAAAAUGGUCACCACGACGGCGGUGUCCCCGAUAAACAACUCGCCCAGUGAGACGGGCAGCGAAAAGACCUCCUCUCCGCCACGGCGAACAAACGGCUCGGUCAAGAAAAAGGUGGCCAUGUUCGAGCCGGAACAAAACACUCCUGCCAAGGAUCAGCUACGCGGCAGGGUGGCGAACCUAAAGAGGGCAGAGAGCCUGCCCAGAAAUAGUCUCGGGCCCAGCACGCCCUCGCAAGUAGCCCACAGAGACAGACCCCGUCUGUCCACUUCAUCCUUUAGAGUGCCCAGCACCACGGCCACGCCCACGUCCUCGGCUCGCAUGGCACGCCCUCAGAAACCGGACACUCUGCCUAACGCCCUCAAUAGAGCGCAGUCGGUGCAGCGACUCACCCAAGUGCAAAGGACUCCGUCACUCAGUCGUGCCAGGACCCCGGGCACACCCUCCGACGACGGUCGCUGGCCGGCCAAUCGGGGAGCAGCUCGCCGGGGCAUGUCAGUGACCCCGGAAGUGGUCCCAAAUCGAAUGCGUGGUAGUCCGGCUCCGGGUGGCACUCUGCCGCGUCGCCGCAAGCAGCAAUCGGUGGAGGACCUCACCGCUGGACGGCUCUCCAGGAGCAACUCUAUCAGCCGUGCUGCUGCAGCUGCAGAUGCCCGCAUGAUCUCUUCGGUGAUGGUUGUGCCGACAAGUAGGAGGAGCCUGGCCGGAGCCACAGCCAAGGUGAAUUCCCUCAGAAGGCCUCAGACGGCAGCUGCUGGAACGACGCCGAGGACCCGAAUCUACCAUGAGACGGCUGUGCAAACUGCGCUGACCAGCGAGGACUUGGAGCAAGUCCUGGGCGGAGGCCUUCUUCAGACCCGGGCACUGGAUGCCGUGGAGCAGCAGGAUCGCAGCACGCAGGCGGAGCCGGAUCAGAGGGACUUCGAACUGGAGCAGCUGCGUCAGGAAGUCCGACAGCUAAGCGGGAAGCUGCAGCGGGAGCGGGAGGAGAAGCUGGCCAUGCAGCAGGAGCUGCACCUCAAUACGGAGCGGGUGAUGGGCAUGUUGGAACUGGCACGAGUGGUCAGCGCCAGUGCCGGAACCCCCACCUCUGAAGACAGUGGCGACGGGAGCGCUGGGCAUGACAGUCUCCUCAUGCUGGAGUCCCAGAUCCAGAUGAGUGGCCACGAGCUCUUUGAGAGGCAGCAGGAGAUCGGCCAGUUGAGGGCCAUGUGCCGAGCCCUGCAGCUGGAGAUGCGCCGUUCCCUGGCUACUCAGCAGCUCCUGCUUCAGGAAAAGGCGGCCAUCGAGCAGGAGUCCAGCGAGCUGCAGGAUUUCCUGCAGCACGAGAAAGCGGCUCAAGUGGAGGCUCUGCGGGAACUGGAGGCCGAGCACCAAGCGGUGAGGUCCCAACUAGCCAACCGCGAGGAGGAGGCCAAGGUCCUGCGGGACGAGUGCCGCCAUCUCGUCCGCCUGAACGAGCAACGCCGUCAGGAGAACCGUCUGCUGCAGACCAAGUACACGGCUCUGGAGAACAAGUCCAGGGAGCUGAUCCACCAGCAGAACGCGUCCGUGGCUGGCGCCUCCACAGCCUUAUCUGGAUUGCAUGCCCGACUGGACGGACUCGUGGAGCAACUGGUCUACUCGUACAGUAUUUCCGAGCAGGACUUGGAGGACAUUCGCUUCCAGGCGGAGUCGGAGCAGGUGCAGAAUGGCCAGCGUCCCAAUGGCCUGGAUCUGCCCAUAUGUCCUGCCGGCCAAGGCGAUGCCAUACACACUCUCGUCCUGGCCAGUGACGGGUCCCUAUCGCCGCAGCGCAACCAAUCAUUCAUAGCCGCCGUCAUCGGUGCCAUCCGCCAGGCCACCACUCACUCCGGGAAGAGACUGUCCCUGCGUCAAGGAGCAUCCAAGCGGAGUGGAGGAGGCUCCGUUCAGACGACGGGUACAGCGACUGGUACUCAGGAGACACAAGGCAAUGGUGAUGACUCGGACUCCACGGAAAUGCUGGACUCGGAGACGGAGCCCUGCCUGCUGAUGAUGGACAACGUGCUGGAGGAUGUGGUGCACCCAGACUCGCACUCCCACAACAUGGUGUCCUCCUGCACCGGCAUGAUCUCCCAAAUCGAGCUGCCCACGGAACUGGUCAGUCAAUGCAGCCACCAGAAUCACAAUGGAGUGGUUCCAGCAGACGACUCCCUGCAGCAGCUCUCCCAGGCCAUCACGAAUCGCCAGCAGAUGGAGCUGCAUAUGCACAAGCUCAGUGCAAUGCCUAUGAAUCCUCGCGAUCAGUGCAACACAGAGGAGCUGAGUUGCCACGACUCGCUGGCGGAGCUGCCUUCCCUGAUGGAGUACAGCACUGCCCAGGCAGUGGUGGACCAAGUGAUCGAGGUAGACACCUUGGUGACCAAACUGCUCAAGGUCCUGCGACUUGUACAGCUGGACAACGACAAUUGCAUCCAGCAAUUGAUUGUGGACAAAAACAAACUGCAGCAGCACAAGGAGGACAUGCUGGAGAAACUAAAAGACUUGGAGGAUGUAAACCUAAAGCUGCAGGACGAGCUGAUGGACGCCACCCAGGAGCUGAUGAUCAAGGGCAGCGACCUCAGCGGGGCCAAGGCGGAGAUGCAGCGACACCGCAACGAGAUCGACCGUUUGAACGAGGACAUCUGCACCCUGAGCACCCUGUGCAGCAGCUACAAAAAGCUAUCGCCCACCACGGAGUUCCCACCCAUGCGACUGCUCUCUCCCACCCAGGAUUCGGAGCAGGGCGAUGUCCUGGGGAUACUAAACCUGCUGAAAAUGUGGCAGGCAGGCGGGCAGCUUCAGGAUCCGCGAGUCAGUGGAUAUCUGCAGAUUCUGAAUGGCAGUCAGAUCUCGACUCCCAAACAGGAUAACAAUAACGAAGAACGCCUCAGGAUCUACGCCAAUCAGCUGGAGCACGUGUCGCGCGUCCUGCAGGAUGGCCUGCCUACGGAUGUGUCCCCCUCCCUGCAGCAGCUGCGGCAGGACAUGGAAGUCGUCCGCAGGAACGCCAGCUGGAUACAGUUACUCGAAUCAAACGAAAAGGACCACAAUGCCAACGGCGAUGUGUCCACGCCUUGAAUUGUGUCAAAAUUGUUGUUAAUUCUCUAGUUAACUAUUAGAAAUUGUGCGUUGUUUUACAUUUACGUAGUUAGUCACAAAUGUUUGCGUCCAAUUCUGAAGUUGUAGAUGUUUUAACCGCGUCCAAAGUAACAGAAAUGUUUGUAGUUAAGUCAUGGCCAUAUUUUGGAUGAUCCUUGAACACCCUCAUGUCCUUUAAAUCGAACAAACUGAAAUGCGAAGGAAUAUAAGUCUUAAAGCCUAACGCGCAUCGCUUUUCAUAGUUUUCAUAGCAUACUUUUCGCCUGAUUUUAUUUUCCUGCAGCCCUGGUCUAAAAAGUAUUAUAGAUGUUCUCUUAAAACUAAGUUUAAAUGUGUUUCGCAGUUCUUUAAAAUUGAAAAUUCUUAGUAAAUAUUGCCAAUUAAUAAUUAAAUUAGAAAAUAUUUAGCUUUCUGAGUAGAAAAGCGAACAUUUGCUUAUGAGAAAACGCCGAAUAUCCUGCGAGAUACGGCUAGCCUCAAAAUAGGAAUUCCUUGCCGCAUUGCCAAAAAU